AUGCGCCCUGACCAAGCCACCAGCCCAGUAACUGACACAGCCAAGGUCGAUGAGACAUCCCCGGGAAACAACCGUGACGAAAAGGCUGUGUAUACCGAGGCAGAGACCGCGUCUCAAGCAAAUCGUCGGCAAGAUGUGGAACAGCAAUACCAAGACCCAGGCCCUGCACCAGACGGAGGAUGGAUAGCUUGGAUGGUCGUCGUGAGCGGCCAUUUCGUCGUCAUGAAUAGCUGGCAAGUAUACUCUCCCAUCUUGGGCAUCAUCAACUCGUUCGGCGUCUUCCAACCAUACUACGCCCAAAUGCUCAACCGCGCCCCCUCCGAUAUAUCCUGGAUCGGCUCCUUCGAAGUCUUUUUCCUCUUCUUUGUCGGAACCUUUACCGGCCGCAUGACGGACGCGGGAUACUUUCGACAGCUCUUCGCUCUAGGCUUCCUCCUCGUUAUCGUCGGUUGCUUCGCUACCUCCUUCUGCAAGACGUACUGGCAAUUCUUCCUCGCUCAAGGAAUCUGCAUGGGUCUAGGCAACGGCUUCAUCUUUUGUCCCUCGAUGGCUACCAUAUCGACAUACUUUGAGAAGCGCCGUGCUCUAGCCAUGGGGGUCGCUGCCGCCGGGAGUGCUACUGGAGGUUUGGUCUACCCGAGUAUCAUGAGGCAGCUCCUACCUUCGGUUGGAUUUCCUUGGGCCAUCCGUGCCAUUGCCUUUGUCCAGCUUGGAACUCUGGGAGUAGCAGCUUGCUUCCUCAAGUCUCGGAUCCCACCCCGUAGGUCGGGGCCAUUGGUUGAAUGGUCUGCGUUUAAGGAACUUGAAUACUCCUUCUACGUCCUUGGUUCUUUCAUGGCUUUCUGGGGAGUGUACUUUGCCUUCUACUACCUCGCAGCUUAUGCUCGAGACGUCCUCGGCGUCAGCUUCACCAAAUCCCUCGACGUCCUCCUAGUCCUUAACGGAACUGGCGCAAUCGGCCGUGUCAUACCAAACUACAUCGCAGACCGCUACGGAUGCCUCACAGUCCAGAUCCCGUUGGCUCUCGUAACCGGGGUAAUGAUGUACUGCUGGGCAGCCAUAAAGUCCACCACAGGCCUAUUCAUCUGGGCCGCCAUCUACGGGAUAUGGACUGGAGGUGUGCAAAGCAUGUUCCCCGUCGGCCUCAGCAGCAUGACAUCCGAUCCUAGCAGGCAGGGCACCAGGCUUGGCAUGGCUUUUACGAUUGUUAGCUUCGCGACGCUGACGGGCCAGCCAAUCGCUGGGGCUAUUAUCAAAGCGCAGGGUGGUCAGUACGUCGGGGCCCAGGCUUUUGCGGGGAGCUGCUUGAUUCUUGGCAGCUGUUCCUUUGUUAUCGCCAAAGGCAUCAGGGCUAAGAAGCUAGAUCAGGGUUGGAAGGCAAAGGUGUAA